AAUCGAACCCGAGACCCCAGGAUUACAAGAUUCAGCUUUACGGAUUUAAUGCAGAACUGUACCACAACAUGUCGGAAGCAGAGGACAAGUCUCAAGGCAUCGUGGGUAUUUCUCUCAUGGUCCAGAUCGGGGACACGCCCAAUCCGGAACUCCGAAUCAUCACCAGCACAUUCAAUAAAAUCAUUUACAAAGCGGACAGUGCACCAAUUCGCCAUCUAUCGCUACACAGCCUCCUGCCAGAGACUCACCAAUACAUGACGUACGAGGGCUCCACCACACACCCGGGAUGCUGGGAAACUACGGUCUGGAUCAUCCUUAACAGGCCCAUCUACAUCACCAAGCAAGAGUUGUACGCGCUUCGUAAAUUAAUGCAGGGCCCCAUGAACGAGCCGAAAGCUCCUCUGGGCAACAACGCAAGACCGUUUCAGCCUUUGAACCAUCGCACCGUCCGGACAAACAUAGACUUCAAAAAAGGAGAGGGUAAAAACUGCCCGAGUAUGUACAAGGAAAUGUAUUAUAAAGCCAACAUGUGGAAUGACGAGCGGGACCCGUCUUACCAGGUGUAACCACCAACGCAUCCACCGGACGACUCAGGGAAGCCAAACAGCGGUGCAAAGCAAUACAGGACAAGGCAUCUUCUGGCCCAGAUAUUUCUCGACACCAAACUUUCAUCUAAGGAACGACCGCGGAGGGUACCCGGAAAAGUGAACUGCGAGUGACAGUGUUAGAUAAGACGACCCAGAACAAAACUGUGAAUGCACUUUUUAUAAUGUUACUGAAAUAAAAUAAUGUUGUGUGGUACAGAACAAGUGUUUCUCUGCAGAUAACAUGAGUGCUAUAUAAGACUUGAGGUUCUCACAGCGGUGAGUAUGAAGAUUUCUGUCUUCUGGGUUGUUGCGCUGUGUAGUCUGGUC